AUGCUGCCACUCAUUGUAACACCCUCACAGCUGCAGGUGCUAACUGUGGCAGCGUGCCUCGUCUGUCUCGCUUAUACCAUCGUGAACCCUGGUGUCGCCAGUGGUGAAGGGCCGAGUCAUCGCUUUCGGGCGUCGCGUCAUCCUGUUGCAGCGCCACGGCGAGUCGCCGCCGCCCGUGCCGGUCCCUCGGCGGAAGCCGUGCUCUGCCGCAACUGCUCUCUCCCGACGCCAACCUCGAUAAGGAGCAGCGAUCCCGAAAAGUCACUGCGCAAGCCACUCUUUCCCUACCGCCUACUCUGGAACGUCGACUACGAUUGUAACGGGGACGGCCUGUCACGGCCAUUCCGCUACCUUGUCGCCGUCAACUCGCUGCCCCAUAACUACGCACUCAGACAGAUCAUGCGGGCCGAAGCCUGGGAACAGGCACAGACGAGUAGCAAGGGCAUACUCUUGCUGUUCUUUCUAGGCCUGCCCCAGUCACUCCGACUUAGAGCCAAGCUGCGCUCCGAGAUCCAUCGCUACGGGGACAUCGUGGUGGGCGACUACUACGCGACGCCCGAGAACGCCACGCUGACCAGCCUCAUGAUCUUCAAAUGGACGUCUCAGUUCUGCCGCCAGGCCCGUUUCCUGGUCAAGGUCAACGACGGCGCCCACGUGAACUACCGCUUCCUGCAAGACUCGUACGACUUCUUCGUGGGUCAUUCGAUGGACUACGAGAUGUUUGGCUCGUUCGUGCCACUGGGAGCGAGGCCUUGCCAGGAACCGACCGACGACAACUUCGCUAUACGCAACUGCAGCGGGGUCCUGGGCUACCUCGUCGGCUGUGCGUACGUCCUCACCGCAGACGUGGUCGAGCCGCUUCUGUACGCCUCGGCCACGGAGCAGUCGCCGCCUACGCCGCCCGAGGACCUCUACGUGACGGGUACCCUCGCUGACAGCGUCUACGCACGUCGUGCUGAGCUGGCUCACUUCGAGGGCUGUUACGUUACCUACACGAAGAAGGCUAGAAUAUGGUUGUGGUUUGACUAUACUUUGUCCAAGCCAAGGGGAGACCUAAUAUCAGCCAAGAAGGCCACGCUGAGCCCCUAA